AUGCCUCAGAGCCCUGCUAUUAUCACGGCCACUGCGGCCAUCGCCAGAGAGCGUGCUGGUCGUCGCAACCAGGGUCCCCACCCACGCCAUCCUCGUCCUAUGCUCCCUGAUGAUGCCCCUGACGUGUAUGAAGCUAUCCUGCUCGCCCCUGGCGAGAGCAAGAUUGAUGUCGAGAUUGACACCCGUCUUCCCUCUGCUGCCAUCUUUACCUUCCGCAAGGAAGAUCACACCCUUGGCAACAUGCUCCGCCACCGUCUCCUGAAGACUCCUCAUGUUAUCUUUGCUGCCUACCGCGCUGUUAUUAACGCCUCCGAGGCUCUGAUCAAGGACCUGGGUAUUUUGUCUCGGGAAUUCACCAAGGAGUACGAGCUCCGCAAGGCUGCCAACGCUGCCAACCAGCAACAGCAGAAUACUGCCGAGUAA